CCACUUGUAUGCAUCAUAUUCAUUCUCUAAGAAAAAACAAUUCUUGGGUGGGUACUUUUUAUUCUCUUUUUCUUCACAAUACAUGUAACUCUCACUUAUUCUCUGGUCUGAAGCUACACAAAUCCAUCAGCGCAUCUGCUCAUCAUCUUCUCUCUUCGGUAGCCAUGUCUUUCAGCAGAGCCACGUCUUUCAGCAGGGGGCCCAAUGCAUCAUCUGGCAUGGGUGUUGCUGAACAUUGCAAAAGCACAUACCUCGAAUUGCAGAGGAAAAAGGUGCACCGCUAUGUGAUUUUCAAGAUUGAUGAGAUGAAAAAAGAAGUGGUGGUUGAAAAAACUGGGAGCCCAUCUGAGAGCUAUGAAGAUUUCACUGCAUCUCUACCUGAGAAUGAUUGCCGAUAUGCAGUAUACGACUUUGAUUAUGUUACUGCUGAGAACUGUCAAAAGAGCAAGAUCUUUUUCAUUGCAUGGUCUCCAUCUGUGUCCAGGAUCCGUCCGAAAAUGCUGUAUGCUACAUCUAAGGAUAGGUUCCGAAGGGAGCUGCAGGGUAUCCAUUAUGAGAUCCAGGCCACUGAUCCUACUGAAAUGGAGCUUGAUGUUCUCAGAGAACGAGCAAAUUAAACCACACCCUUUCUAUUUCUCAAGGGCUUCUUUCUACCUCUGGGAAAAUUACUCAUGUCAUUUUAACUGUAAGACGGGUUGGGCUUUAAUCAUUAAUGUUGUGCAGAACCUGUUUCUGACAACAUAUAGGCUCAUCAUAAAUAAUCGUUUCCCUGGGAAGGCUGAUUAGGAGCUCUUGCAUAUUGUAUCCCAACCUGUGGGGAUUAUUGGGGUUCCUCAUUUUCAUGAUGCUUCUCAGAUGGAAGAUGGGUAUGGUUACUGAUUAUAUAAUAUUACUAGCAUUACUUUGUAUUUUAUGAACGGCGUUGACUUGUUUAAUUCUUUGUCGGGUGGUUCCUGGAAAUUUACUUCACAAAUGAAAAUUGUGUGUUUUGAUUUCA